AUGAGAAUGUCUCUACAAUCACAUUCACCACAGGAACGGCAGGUUGGACCUGGCUCUAGCCCUCUCUACGUUCAUCGAUGGGAGCACCCUUCAGAAGCACGUGGCUGCCUUCCAGACCUGCGCUCUCAGCAAGGUAAUAGCAGCCAUGUCAGACCGCCCUCGGCCCCUGGACUUCGUCCCGGAGUGCACCAAACCUGCCUCGUCCCUCUGGCCUUUCUCCCACUCGGAUGGGGGCGAUCACGAGGUGCUGGCCAUGAGCGAGCUGCUCAGGCGUUAGUCCCUGUAGCCCUUCUCCCACUCAACUUGGGGCGAUCAGGAGGUGCUGGCCUUGAGCGAGGUGCUCAGGGACUGGCUCGCAUUCCUCUGGUCCUUCUCCCAUGCGGAUGGGGUCAUCAGGAGGUGCUGGCCAUGAGCAAGGUGCUCAGGCUGAGGGCGUUCAACAGGGCGAUGGAGGAGCUGAUGGAGGCGCAGAAACGGUGGGCCAUCCCCGGCACUGCACUGCCACUGCUGUCUACGCAUCACCACCCCAUGCCACAACAUUUCCUCCCCCAUGGCAGGCUGAGGGCGUUCAACAGGUCGAUGGAGGAGCUGGUGGAGGUGCAGAAACGGCUGAGGGCGUUCAACAGGGCGAUGGACGAUCUGGUGGAGGCUCAAAAACGGUGGGCCAUCCCCGAUGCUGCGCUGCGACUGCGAGUCUGCACUGCAUGGGCUGCUUGCCUCAAGGACCGAUACCGCAAGCUGCUGCAGCCACGCUGGUACGUGGUGUUCUGA